GUGCGCCUCGCCUGGCCCCGCCCCGAACCGAACCUUGCAACACGGUGGUGCGGCCGUCCACGUGAGCGGGCGGCCCGGCUGUAACGCCCGCCGGGGGGAGUCGGAUUUGUGGGGUUCAUUGAUCCUCGCCUCCCCUCCCCCCCUUCUUAAGGGGGUUCUGGAUCGCCAGCCCCCGGGAAGGCCGGGGGGAAGCAGGCUGGUAUUUGGGUAUAACGCCCAAAGGGGGAUUUCUGAAGGGGGGGUAGUGGGGGGGGAUUUUUUGCCCUGGCUUUCUCGGGGGACCAGCGGAGGCUGAUGUGAUGUUCUGCCAGUGAGCCCCAAUGCCGGUGGUGCACCCUGAACCCCCUGACGGGGGCUGGGGCUGGAUGGUGGUGCUGGCCGCCUUCUUCCAGUCGGCGCUGGUUUUCGGGGUGAUCCGCUCCUUCGGGGUCUUCUUCAUGGAGUUUGUGGGGUACUUUGGGGAGCUGUCCGGGCGGGUGUCCUGGAUCACCUCCAUCGGGAUCGCGGUGCAGCAAUUUGCUAGUGAGUUAUGUGGUGGUCCGGUGGGCAGCGCCCUCAGCACCCAGUAUGGCGCCCGCCCCGUGGUGAUGGCCGGGGGCCUCCUCUCGGGGCUGGGCAUGCUCCUGGCUUCCUUCGCCACCAGCCUGACCCACCUGUACCUGAGCAUCGGGCUGCUCUCAGGCUUCGGGUGGGCCUUGGUCUUCACACCCUCCGUGGCCUCGGUGGCUCGUUACUUCAAGAAGCGCCGGACGUUCGCCACAGGCUUGGCCUUCACGGGCGUGGGCCUGUCCUCCUUCGCCUUCUCCCCACUCUUCCAGUUCCUGGUGGACACCUACGCCUGGCGGGGGGCCCUCCUGGUGGUGGCCGGCAUGUCCUUCAACCUGGUGGUGUGUGGAGCCCUCAUCCGCCCCCUGACCCUCAAGGAGGACCUGGCCAGCUCUGGGGACCCUGGCGGGAGCUGCCUGGGAAAGCUUUCCACCCUCUUUGGCCUGCCUUUGCUCUCCCACUGGCCCUUUGUGAGAUUUGUGCUAGCCGUGACCUUGAUCAACACCGGCUACUUCAUUCCCUACGUCCACUUGGUGGCCCGAGCCCGGGAGCUGGGCUUCGAUGAGUACCAGGCUGCCUUCCUCAUGUCCGUGGCAGCCGUGGCCGACCUGUGUGGCCGCCUCCUCUCGGGUUGGCUGGCCGACUGCCGGGCUUUCCGCCUCAGCCACAUCUUGGUGGCCUGGACCUCCCUGACUGGCAUCUCCUUGGCACUGGUGCCUCUGGGGCGCGGCUACCCAUUGUUGAUGGCCAUCAGCGUCUGUUAUGGGUUCUUCUCCGGGGCGCUCACCCCCGUGGUCUUUUCCAUCCUGCCGGAAAUUGUGGGCAUUGGGCGGAUUUUUGGCUCUAUGGGGCUGCUGCAGAUGAUGGAGAGCAUCGGCGGGCUUCUGGGAGCGCCGUUCUCUGGUUGGCUGCGGGACAUGACUGGGGACUACAUGGCCUCUUUCUUGGCAGCUGGGGCUUUCCUCUUGGCUGGGAGCCUGGUUUUGGUCACUCUGCCCAACUUCUUCUCCUGCCUGGGCACCUCCUCUCCUGCCUGCCGGGGCACCCAGGUGGAGGCAGGGGCAGAGCCGGCUCCAUUGACACCAGCCUCUGGGGAACAUUCCUCCCAGGACAGAGACUAGCCGGCCAGAAGCCAAGAUCUCAGGGAGCCGGUGUGACUGCAAGGGAGUGCUGGGACCAUCACCAGGUUCUGGAAGGGAUAAUGUGGUAAAUUCCAGGCUGGUGAGGGGUCUCUAUCUAAAAGGGUGCUCCUUCACAGAAAUAAGCCACUUCACUACCCCCCUUGCCCUCUUGGAUUCUCCUCCGGUGCCUCCCACGGGCUCUGGGCUCGGGCUCCAACCUCCCAGCAGCCUGCUGGAAGCCUAGGGCUUGUUCUGGAGGUCCAUAAGUCGGGGAGGAUGUUGAGGAAGGGGAGAGACCCCAGCGAGGAGCAGAAAUUGGAUCAGAGUCUGGGUCUAAGGCAAAGAACAUUUUAUAAAGGGGGAGGGGGAUCGGGCCGCUGCGUUCUUUUGGGGAAAUACGGCACUGACCUAUCGAGGGCAAACAGGAAGUAAAAGGCCCCCUCCCGUAAUCUCUUGGGCAGCAGGCCCCUGCCUCAGUUUCCCCACUUGCUGCUAGGAAUAGCUGGCAGGAAAUAGACACCCAGCUAUGUACCCCACGUCGGGGCAUUAGUGAUGUCCCAGAGCCCAGAAAUGCAGUUACCGGUUCCGGAUUUAUGGAUUUUGUGCUGCUAGAUAUGUAAUUAGACAGGUAUGGCUGGGGAAGGGGGGCGGGUCUCAUCGGGCAUCGUUUACCCUCCAGAAGGUAGGAUUUGGUGAUUUAAAAGGGGGGAGGGGGUUGUUUAGAGAAAUGACAGUUUCGAGGGGGGACAAAAGCGGCGGUUUCAAGUGCCACCUUUUCUGGAACAGAGCUGCGUUUGGGGGGAAUUAAAACCAGCCAAUUCCUCUGGCAGGCGUCCGAGUUCAUGGUCCCCUAACCAGCGCGGGAGAGAAAGGGGCCCAAGCGGACAUGACUAGGUUGGAAGCGGCCAGAGUGGCGCUCCCUGCCCCCUCCCCGGCAGAUGGACCAAAGGUUGAACGUGCCUCGUGGAAGCAAAGCGGUGUGAAAGUUCAUCUGAUUUUCCACUGAUUGAAAUGAACAAGUCUCUUCACGAUGGGGCGGGAGGGAACAGGGAGAGUAAAUAUUAAUGUUGCCUGAGGAGAUGGAAGAUUAACAAGGGAGGUUUCUCCAAGGAUUGGGCAAAAGAGCUUGUGGUGGGUUUGCAGAGUUGGGAGGGUGGGGGAGAAGAAAGAAAAGGGAUUAAUAUAAGUACAGGGCAGACCUGGUGAUGAUGGAACCUAGGAGUCCUGGGUCCCAGCCACCCCCUGCUCUAACCCACCAGAUCCCAGACCCCUGUGAUCCUGGUCCCUGUCCAUUGUCUGGGACAUUGCACGUACCCUUUGUAAUCCAGUCUUUUCCAGGCUCUUUGGGGGCAGUUGGUUAUCCAGGGACCCCUCACCAGUGCUGAGAUGCGGCCACCUCUGGGGUGGGGCGGCUGGUUAUACAGGGACCCCUCGCCCGGCGCUGAGAUGCGGCCACCUCUGGGGUGGGGCGGCUGGUUAUACAGGGACCCCUCGCCCGGCGCUGAGAUGCGGCCACCUCUGGGGUGGGGCCGCUGGUUAUACAGGGAUACCUGAAACAGCAUGGAAACUUUUUAAAGACACCAUUUAAAUGCAUACCCCCAAAUUAAAAAAAAAAAACAGCAAGAGGGACCGAAAAAGUGCCACCAUGGUUAAACGACUAAGUAAGAGAAGACGUGAGAGGCAAAAGGGCAUCCUUUAAAGAGUGGAUGUUAAAUCCUAGUGAG